CGGGGGAGGGACUUGGAGGGGGACAAGCCUGUUCUCCAAGCACUCCAGCAGCUCGGGAUCUUUUCACAGUUCCCGAGGACUUCAACUGCACUUUGGCGCUGCCUUCCCCUUUCCCAGACAGGAUCUUACCUUAUGUAGCCUAGACCAUUAAUGAACUCAUAGCAAUCCUCCUGCUUCAGCCUCUCAAAAGUUGAGAUGACAAGCAUUGGCAAUGUGCUCUUAAAUUCAAGAUACCCAGCACUGGAAGCCUUUCAAUUUGGAAUAGAUAGCUGCUCUUUGGUGUCAGUUUCUCAUCCUAAGGCAGCCCAGAUAUUUGAAAUGUAACAACUUGCAACGACACUGCAUAGGCAUAAACUAGGCAUAGACGGACUGUCAAUGGCAGGAUACCAGCUCUGGUCACCAUGGACCCCACUGGAUGAGAGCUUCCAAUGGCUGCGGCACACAACACCUACCCCUUGCUCCAAACACCCUUUCAGGGCCUCUCCUUGCUUCCCACACACGCCUUCUGACCUUGAGGUGCAGUUGUGCUUUCAAGAAGUCACUCUCGUCCUAGACAGCCCACUUGUGGCACCUGGAGAGAGCCCCAGGUUACCCCGUCACACCUCAGAGCUCCGAGCAGUGACUAACAAGAAAGGACUUGUGAGGAAGCCCCAGCCAGUCCGUCUCAAGGGAGUAGAUUCUGUUUUCGGUAGGGUCAUCACAGCCCAGCCCCCCAAGUGGACUGGAACCUUCAGAGUUUCAGACAAAUCAGCCUUCUGCAAAAUUAUCAGCAGGGAACACCAGUGGCCCACUGGACUCAAGGAGCCUCAGAUCCAGAUGACAGUGACUAUGUGCAAACAGAUGCUCCGCUCCAUCCUCCUGCUCUACUCGACGUACAAGAAGUGCACCUUUGCCCUGCAGCACUCCAAGUAGAGGGUCUCCAUCUGACCCCUGUGCUCCCCACCAUGCUCUCUGGUAUGUACCCAAAGCUUACACCGUAACAUCAGGCCAGCUGUUUCGCCUCUCAGUCAAGCUGGGACAAGUUUUCCUCCUCCCUUUCUCUUCAGAAACAGGACCAACCAAUGAUACUGAGCAAGGAAGAACAUUUCCACUGUACAGCUGAAUGGCCAUUCAGUCAGCCUAAUACUGACACACAGAUGUGAUAAUGAUUAAGCUACCAUACAAACAAGCCAGCCUAGUGUGAACACACUCAAAUGCCAAAGACAGCCAUGAACUGGCAAAGAAAAGGGAUGCCAAGAAAAGACAGGUGUGGAUGUCUGGGUACCAGAGGAAGAAGGGGUCAAAAAUCUGUAUGUGGUUUAAGGACUAACUUAAAAACAGCUUUCCCUCCUCAAACAAAUGUCAACAACAAGACAUAACUUUAAUACCAGUAUGGGUAAAAAUAAUAACAAAUAUUAAAUAAUCUUAAUAGCACGGCAAGGAAGAGCUUGACAGCAGCCUUGAGACUUGUUUUCUGGCAGAAGACAGGAGAAUCCCCUGUUUUAGCUCCCGAUGUUCUGUUUCUAAUAAACUAUAAUUAUUUUGUAUGAUUCUUACAACUAGAUUCUAGGCAUAAUUCAGAAUAAUGUGGAAAUAAAUACUAUAUAUACAUACAAUGCCA